CAUUGGCUCUACCACACAACUCAUUUGCAUGCCGCAGUUUCUCCCCCCAUCACGUGAUCGGAGGGGGGCGCUGAGGCUUCCUGUUUGAGGUCAGUGGGGGGGAGGAAAAUCGAGUAGCGGGCCUCCCUCUGGUCUCGCGCUGCCUGGCGGGGUUCUUGUCAGUUAGCAACAAAAUGGCCGCGGUGGCAGCAGCUCUGCUCCUGAGGACGGUGGUGGCGGCGGCGGCGGCGGCGGUGGCGGCAGCAGCAGCGAGGAGGAGCGGGGGCCCGGCACCGCCUGCCUGCUAGAGAGAGAGAGCGCGAGACGCUGCAGCCCCAGCCUCCCCGCCACAGAGGGACUUUGCCUGAGACGCUGCGGCUGCAGCCCCCUGGGGAGACGUUGCUGCCUCAGCCUCCUGCCUCCCCCCGGGGCGCAAGACUCCUGGAUCUCCCCCCCCCUCAGUGAGAGGCUCCGCUGCGGCAGCUUCCAGUCUGGUCCUGAGAGACGCUGCUGGAUCCCUCUGGAGGAGACGGAGAGACCCCGCUGGAUCUCCCCUCGUCCUCUUCCUGCCACAGGAUCCUCCGCCAGAGACGCUCUGCUGGAUUCCCCUCGCCCCAUUGGGUCCCCCCGUGAGAGAUCCUUCUGCUUGGAUCCCCCAUAAGAGAGACUGCUGGGUCCUCCCCCUGUGAGUGACUGCUGGAUCCUCCCCCCGUCCUUCUCCCGGUGAGAGAGACUUCAUUGGAUCCUCCUCCUGCCUGGAUCCCCAUAUGAGACUCUCUGUUGGAUCCCCCUGUGGCUCCAUAUUUUAGAGGGGGAGCCCUCUUUGAACCCUUUUGGGGGAUCCACUUUCUCCUUUUAAUUUGCACUUUUUGAAGCCUCAGAUGCUCCUCCAUGUGGACUGAGAAUCCAUCAACACAAACAAGAAAUAAACUCUCCCCGAUCCACUCUAGAUCCUGAAUUCCUUGGGUUUUUGCUGCAACUCGAAAGCAAAUGUGUAUUUAAACCAAAAUUCGUGUGCAAAAGUCUAGCUAGGGACGUUUUUCCGCCUUUCUUUCUCCACUGGAAAUCAAAAGCUUCUUUUGGAAUUGAACUUGUUUCUCCUGCACUUGAGCUGGAUAACACUGAAGCUCUUUGCUCUUCUGCUUGGAUACUGUUUUCUUGUUGACUUGUUUUUCUUCUCUUCUGUGGCAGGUUGUGGGGGGAGUUGCUUUUUGUUUUUGUUUUGUUUAGUUCGCGGGGGAGGGAACUGAAUCUUUUUUCUGGCCGUGUGAGAUUUUUUUUUCCUGUUCAGAUUCGUGAAAUUACGGGUAUUUUUUUUAAAAAAGCAUUAAAAUAAGAAGCACGUCAGAGAGACCACACGCUAGACGAAAUACUGACUUGUUUCAUUAUAGAAAGACUGAGUCGAAAGCUGCCAAAGAGCCCCUGAAGGAAAAGAAAAGGGAGAAAGAACAAGAAAUUCAAGAAGAGGAACAUUUGAUGGAAGAAAAGAAAAAGAAAAAGCAGGAAGAAAAGAAAAAGAAGGAAGGUGCUCAGAAAAAGGCUGCUGAACAAAAAACCAAAGUGCCAGAACCUAUUAAGACCAGUUUAAGCCAGCCCCAGCCUGCCGGUACCGGUACCAGUACUUCCACCAGCACUAUUACCAACAGCAGCAAUGGCAAGCGUGCAUCUGCUAAUGGGCAGCAGCCAGCUGCAUCCCGUUACCUGCCUCGUGAGGUGCCUCCACGCUUCCGCCAGCAAGAACAGAAACAGCUCUUAAAGAGAGGUCAGCCACUGCCUACCGGGACUCUGACCAGCGCAAGCCCACCACAAGGUACUGGACAAGCAGGGGCAAGUCCUCCUCCACAGCUAGGAGCAGGUGGACAGCAUCAUCCCAGUAAGACCCAAACCCAAACAGAUCUUGGUCACAGUAGUUUGGGAGACCAUUAUGAAAAUUCCCACUGGGGACAACAGCCCACUUUCAGAAGUGAAGCCAACUGCAGCUGGGAUAAAGUGAUAAUAGACAGGACUGACAAGGAAGCGUGGCCUUCCAUUACAGGAACUGAGACUGAAUCUGCUUCAGAAUGUACUACAGAAACUGACUCUGCCUCCAACUGUGGCUCAGAGAACAGUAGCAUGGCUACAGGGAGUGCCCAAGGCAACUUCACUGGACAUACAAAGAAAACUAAUGGCAAUAAUGGCACCAAUGGAGCACUCAUCCAAAGCACUUCUAACCAGAGUGCCCUUGGAGCUGGUGGAGCAAAUGGUAAUGGAAACUCAGCCAGAGUGUGGGGUGUGGCCACAGGCUCCAACUCUGGCCUAGCUCACUGUUCUGCCAGUGGUGGGGAUGGAAAGAUGGACAACAUGAUUGCAGAUGGUAGAAGUCAAAACUGCUGGGGUGCUUCCAACUCAAAUGCUGGCAUUAAUCUUAACCUUAAUCCUAAUGCCAAUCCAGCUGCCUGGCCUGUACUCGGACAUGAAGGAACUGUGGGAGCAGGCAACCCUUCCAGUAUUUGUAGUCCAGUCAGUGCCAUAGGUCAGAAUAUGGGCAACCAGAAUGGCAACCCAACAGGCACCUUAGGUGCUUGGGGAAACUUGCUGCCGCAAGAGAGCACAGAACCACAAACGUCCACUUCUCAGAAUGUGUCUUUCAGCGUACAACCUCAGAACCUUAACACUGAUGGACCAAAUAACACUAACCCCAUGAACUCUUCACCAAACCCUAUCAAUGCAAUGCAGACUAAUGGACUGCCAAACUGGGGGAUGGCUGUUGGUAUGGGGGCCAUCAUCUCGCCCCACCUGCAAGGCCUUCCUGGUGCUAAUGGAACAUCAGUUUCUCAAGUCAGUGGGGGCAAUGGUGAAGGAAUGGGUAGUUCAGUAUGGGGAAUAUCCCCAGGUAAUCCUGCCACAGGAAACAGCAAUUCUGGGUUCAGUCAGGGGAAUGGAGACACUGUGAACUCAGCAUUAAGUGCUAAACAGAAUGGAUCCAGCAGUGCUGUGCAAAAGGAAGGAAAUGGAGCAAGUGCAUGGGAUUCAGGACCUCCUGCUGGUCCUGGGGUACUAGCAUGGGGCAGGGGCAGUGGCAACAGUAGUGUUGGUAGCAUGCAUUCUGGAGCUUGGGGCCACCCAAACCGUAACACCAGUAAUGGGGUUAACGGUGAAUGGGGCAAGCCCCCAAAUCAGCAUUCCAAUAGUGACAUCAGUGGUAAAGGAUCAGCAGGGUGGGAUAGCCCUAGUGUUACCAGCCAGAAUCCUGCCAUGCAGCAGGGCAAUGAACAAAUAAACUCUUGGGCCAAAGCUGCAGCAUCUGUCACCACAGCUAGUGAAGAAAGUAAUGACAGUGGUGGAGGUCAAAAUGAGGGCAAUGCUGGGAGAGAAGGAGCAGGAGAGGCCAGAAGGAGAGACAAGGGGGUGAUAGACCAAGGGCAAGUCCAGUUGCCAAGGAAUGACCUUGACCCAAGAGUCUUGUCCAAUACUGGUUGGGGACAGACUCCUGUAAAGCAAAACACUGCCUGGGAAUUUGAAGAAUCCCCAAGGUCUGAACGAAAGAAUGACAAUGGAACGGAGGCCUGGGGUUGUACAGCUUCUCAGUCUUCAAACUCAGGGGGGAAGAAUGAUGGGUCCAUCAUGAACAGUACAAAUACCUCUUCAGUAUCUGGGUGGGUCAACUCUCCACCCUCAGCUGUUCCAACAAAUACAGGUUGGGGAGACAACAACAACAAAGCGCCAAACGGCCCAGGGGGAUGGGGAGAAUCAGCUAGCUCUACUGCUGUCAAUGCUGCUGCUGCUGCUGCUACUGCUGCCAAAAGUGGCCACGCUUGGAGUGGGACCGCAAAUCAGGAGGACAAAUCACCUACAUGGGGUGAACCUCAGAAACCCAAAUCUCAAAAUUGGGGAGAUGGACAGAAAUCAAAUCCAGGCUGGACUUCAGGAGGUGGAGAUUGGACUGAGUCAUCAUCCGUACCUGGACACUUGCCUGAGGGGAAGAAGAAUGGAUCUGGAUGGGAUGCUGACAAUAGAUCAGGGUCAGGUUGGAAUGAAACUACAAGGUCUGGGACCAGUGGGUGGGGAAAUGGCACAAACACCAAGGCUAAUACAGGUACAAGUUGGGGAGAAUCUCUAAAACCUAGCCCUCAACAGAAUUGGGCUAGUAAACCACAGGACAACAGUGUGAGUAACUGGGGAGGAGCAGCUUCUGUUAAACAGACUGGGUCAGGAUGGGUUGGUGGGCCAGUGCCACCCAAACAAAAAGAUAGCAGUGAGGCAACUGGCUGGGAAGAGCCUUCUCCACCAUCCAUUCGCCGUAAGAUGGAAAUUGAUGAUGGUACCUCAGCUUGGGGUGAUCCAAACUACAACAACAACAAGACUGUAAACAUGUGGGAUAGAAACAACCCUGUAAUUCAGAGCAGUACCACAACCAACACCACCACUACUACUACCGUUAUAAACACAAAUAUGGUUGAACCUCAGCCAUCGCACCAGUCAAGUGCCCAGCCGAACCGGUCCCCAUUGCUUGGUCCAGGAGGGAGCUUCUCUGGGGAUGAAUCAGGUUUGUGUAGUAAAGAAGGCUAUUAUCUGUCGAAUCCCUACUUGGUUGCAGAGAUUGGAAAUUAUGUAGUGAAUGAAGUAGGAGAUUGCAGGAAGCGAAGAGGAGGUCUCAUGGGCUGGGGAGAAAUGCCUACUGUCCAUGCAAAGACUGAAUCUUCUUGGGGAGAGCCCGCAUCCCCUUCUGCUGCAGUUGAUAAUGGCACUUCAGCAUGGGGGAAACCCCCCAGCAGUGGUACAGGGUGGGGAGAGAAUUCUGCUGAGUCAGCAGGGACCUACGGAAGAGCAAAUACUCCAGCUGCUGCCCCAGCACUGUGCAAGCCAGCUUCUAAAUCUAUGCAAGAAGGCUGGGGCAGUGGUGGGGAUGAAGUGAACCUCAGUACUAGUCAGUGGGAAGAUGAAGAAGGAGAUAUGUGGAAUAAUACUGCUUCACAAGAGAGUAACUCCUCCUGUAAUUCAUGGGGGAAUGCCCCAAAGAAAGGACUUCAAAAGGGCAUGAAGACAUCUAGUAAGCAAGAUGAGGCCUGGAUCAUGAACCGUCUGAUAAAACAGCUCACAGACAUGGGCUUCCCGAGAGAGCCAGCAGAAGAGGCCUUGAAGAGCAACAAUAUGAAUCUCGAUCAGGCCAUGAGUGCUCUGCUGGAAAAGAAGGUGGAAAUGGACAAGCGUGGAAUGGGAGUGACCGACUAUAAUGGAAUGGUCACCAAACCCCUUGGCUGCCGCCCACCAUCAAUCUCCAAAGAGUCUUCCAUGGACCGUCCCACCUUCCUUGACAAGGAUGGCGGCCUAGUGGAAGAGCCCACUACUUCACCAUUUUUGCCUUCACCAAGCCUGAAGCUCCCCCUUUCAAACAGUGCACUCCCUAAUCAGACCCUGGGCGGGAUUGCCUCAGGGCUGGGCAUGCAAAACUUGAAUUCUUCUAGACAGAUACCGAGUGGCAAUCUGGGUAUGUUUGGCAAUAGCGGAGCAGCACAAGCCAGGACCAUGCAACAGCCGCAGCAACCGCCAGUGCAACCUCUUAACUCAUCCCAGCCUAGUCUUCGUGCUCAAGUGCCUCAGUUUCUAUCCCCUCAGGUUCAAGCACAGCUUUUGCAGUUUGCAGCAAAAAACAUUGGUCUCAACCCUGCACUAUUAACCUCGCCAAUUAAUCCUCAGCAUAUGACGAUGUUGAACCAGCUCUAUCAGCUGCAGCUGGCGUACCAACGUUUACAAAUCCAGCAGCAGAUGUUACAGGCUCAGCGUAAUGUUUCCGGACCUAUGAGACAACAGGAGCAGCAAGUUGCACGUACAAUCAAUAACAUGCAGCAGCAGAUACAGCAGCACCAGCGCCAGCUGGCCCAGGCCCUGCUUAUGAAGCAGCAGCCUCCCCCUCCACAUCUAUCUUUGCACCCCUCUGCAGGCAAAUCAGCCCUGGAUAGCUUUUCACCCCAUCCCCAGGCUCCCGGCCUAUCUGACCUGCAGACCAAAGAGCAACAGUCUUCACCGAACACCUUUGCUCCUUACCCUCUUACUGGGCUGAAUCCAAACAUGAAUGUAAGCAGCAUGGACAUUACUGGUGGUUUGUCAGUGAAGGAUACUUCUCAGUCUCAGUCUCGCCUUCCUCAGUGGACACACCCCAACUCAAUGGAUAAUCUAUCUAGUGCUACUUCUUCACUUGACCAGAAUCCUAGCAAGCACGGUGCUAUUCCUGGAGGUCUAAGUAUUGGUCCUCCAGGAAAGUCCUCCAUUGAUGACUCUUAUGGACGGUACGAUCUGAUCCAAAACAGCGAUUCACCAGCCAGUCCACCUGUAGCUGUUCCUCACAGCUGGUCACGUGCCAAAACUGAUAGUGAUAAAAUCUCCAAUGGUUCCAGUAUUAACUGGCCGCCAGAAUUUCAUCCUGGAGUGCCGUGGAAAGGACUGCAGAAUAUUGACCCUGAAAAUGACCCAGAUGUCACUCCUGGAAGUGUUCCGACUGGGCCUACCAUUAAUACCACCAUACAAGAUGUUAAUCGCUAUCUUCUCAAGAGUGGAGAUUCUGAAUACAUAGAAGGAACUGAGGGACAGUUAUGGCUGAGGAUCCCUUCCAUGCCUUCAGGUCCUGAAGGUUCAGUUCUGCAUGGAAGCAUUGUGCAACCCCAGCUGCUUUCGAGAGGGUUCCGACUCAAUGGCAAGAGAGCAUGGUCAUCCCCAACAUCAUCUCAGAAUGCCACACUGCCUUCAUCGAGUGCCUGGCCGCUUAGUGCCUCCGGCUACAGUAACUCUUUCAGCAGUAUUGCAUCCGCACCUAGCAUUGCAGGUAAAUUGUCAGACAUCAAGUCUACAUGGUCCUCUGGCCCAAUCUCUCACACACAAGCCUCUCUAUCCCAUGAACUAUGGAAGGUACCCAGAAACACUACUGCUCCUACGAGACCACCUCCAGGUUUAACAAACACCAAGCCAUCAUCUACCUGGGGUGCCAGUCCACUGGGUUGGACCAGCUCUUAUUCCUCUGGUUCUGCCUGGAGUACUGACAGCUCAGGAAGAACAAGCAGCUGGCUGGUUCUGCGUAACCUCACACCCCAGAUUGAUGGUUCUACACUGCGGACACUGUGUUUGCAACAUGGCCCUCUAAUUACAUUCCACCUGAACCUGACUCAAGGGAAUGCUGUGGUCCGCUACAGUUCCAAGGAAGAAGCAGCCAAGGCCCAGAAGUCUCUGCAUAUGUGUGUUUUGGGAAACACUACCAUCUUGGCUGAGUUUGCUGGUGAAGAAGAAGUAAACCGUUUCUUAGCACAAGGCCAGCCACUGCCACCCACCUCCAGUUGGCAGUCCAACACUGGAACCAAUCAGACUCGUAUGGGCUCCACGAGCAGCUCUCAUGGAUUGGUGCGGAAUGAUGCAGGCCACUGGAAUACUCCCUGCCUUGCUGGCAAAGGGAGCAGCGAUUUGCUCUGGGGUGGGGUCCCUCAGUACUCAAGCAGCCUUUGGGGGCCCCCCAGCACCGAUGAUGGCAGGGUUAUUGGCAGCCCAACACCUUUGAAUACUCUGCUCCCAGGUGAUCUUCUCAGUGGGGAGUCCAUCUAGGAAGGAGAGAAACAAAGUGGAAAUAACAAUCAUCAGCACUAAAGGAAAAAAUUGUAACCCUUUCCAGUCCAGGGCUUCACGAAGAAUCCAGCUUUAACAGAUCAGACUGGCAGCCCUUUUUAGUACCUCUGUCCAAUAUUGAAUAUGAAACUCUGCAGAAGUCCUUGUGAACUGUUAAUGAAACAGUAUGGGCUACAUUUGGUCAGUGUCACAUGCUAAUGACAGGUUUUCUUUUUUCAUGGCUUUUUAUUUUGUCGUCUUUUUAUGUUUGUAUGGUGUUUUUAAAAACGAAGUAUAAAAGCUGCUUAGAAUAGGUCUAUCAUGAAGGGCACUUUUCAGAAUUUGGGCUGGAAAGGGUUAUUUUAUCAACUUUGGGGGGAGGGAGAAAAUGAAAGCCUAUUUUAAAUGAGCCUGUGACUAUUAUGCACAUUACCAGAGGCGGACCCAAUAAUCAGAAGAGAGUGGAGUGUGAUAUUCAUCUUUGGUACAGAAAAGUAAUGAAUCUGAAUGGUAACUAUUGACUGUACAGGUUGAAUUAGAGGGUGGGGGUGGGGUAUCUAUGUCCACUGCUCCCAUGGAUCUGCCUAUGCACAUUACCCUUGUUUCAUUACUUUUUCAUGUCAUUUUUUUAAAAUCCCCCCAAAAUAUAAAAAGUUUAAAAAAAAAAACAUAUCAAACAUGCAAAUACUUGAAUCCAGCAGGC